GCACGCCCCCACCCGCCGGCUCGCCUCCUCGGCCGCCGCGGCGGCUUCCGCCCGGUCCGCGCUCCGGAGGAAACGGAAGACGCGCCGCCAGCCAUGGAGGGGAACCGGGACGAGGCGGAGAAAUGUGUGGACAUCGCCCGGGAGGCGCUGAACGCCGGCGACCGCGAGAAGGCCCAGCGCUUCCUGCAGAAGGCCCAGAAGCUGUACCCGCUGCCCUCGGCCCGCGCCCUAUUGGAAAUAAUUAUGAAAAAUGGAAGCACAGCUGGGAAUAGUCCUCAUUGCCGAAAACCAUCAGGUAGUGCUGAUCAAAGCAAGCCUAAUUGCACAAAGGACAACAUGACUAGUAGUGGUGAUGGAAAAGGCUACACCAAAGACCAAAUAGAUGGAGUUCUCAGCAUAAACAAAUGUAAAAAUUACUAUGAAGUACUUGGAGUUACCAAAGAUGCUGGUGAUGAAGAUUUGAAAAAAGCUUAUAGAAAGCUUGCUUUGAAGUUUCAUCCAGACAAAAACCAUGCACCUGGAGCAACAGAUGCUUUUAAAAAGAUUGGAAAUGCUUAUGCUAUUUUAAGCAAUCCAGAAAAACGAAAACAGUAUGACCUCACAGGCAAUGAAGAACAAGCAUGUAAUCCACAAAACAAUGGUAGAUUUAAUUUCCAUAGAGGUUGUGAAGCUGAUAUAACUCCAGAAGACUUGUUUAAUAUAUUUUUUGGUGGUGGAUUUCCUUCAGGUAGUGUACAUUCAUUUUCAAAUGGGCGAGCUGGUUAUAGCCAUCAACAUCAGCAUCGGCAUAGUGGACAUGAAAGAGAAGAAGAAAGAGGAGAUGGAGGCUUUUCUGUGUUUAUCCAGCUGAUGCCCAUUAUUGUAUUGAUCCUUGUGUCAUUAUUAAGCCAACUGAUGGUCUCUAAUCCUCCUUAUUCCUUAUAUCCCAGAUCUGGAUCAGGGCAAACUAUUAAAAUGCAGACAGAAAACUUAGGUGUCGCUUAUUAUGUCAACAAGGACUUUAAAAAUGAAUAUAAAGGAAUGUUAUUACAAAAGGUAGAAAAGAGUGUGGAAGAAGAUUAUGUGACUAAUAUUCGAGAUAAUUGCUGGAAAGAAAGACAACAGAAAAUAGAUAUGCAAUAUGCAGCAAAAGUAUACCGUGAUGAACGACUUCGAAGGAAGGCAGAUGCCUUGAGCAUGGACAACUGCAAAGAACUGGAGCGGCUGACCAGUAUUUAUAAAGGAGGAUGAACUGGAAUUUUAUUUAUAUCUUUUAGCAUACUAUUUAUUUUUUCUGUGAGUUUAGUUUCAUCAUGAGAGCUAAAGAAAAAGAUUUGUUGUUAAAAACUAAACUGAAUAGUUGGUCCCUGAAAUUUUGGACUGUUUAUGACUUAUUCCUUUAAAUAGUAAUAAACUGAACAACUAACUAAUAUUUUAGUAAUGCUUCUGUAAUUAUUCUCAUUUUAAAAGCUUUUACGAUUACUAACUAAAAAUGUCUCAAGAAAGGAUUAUCAUACCUGUAGUAGUUUCCAGUUUUAGUGAUUCUCCAUUUUUCUCCAUUAUGUAAAUAUUUAUGAAAUGAUCAUUUUGUGUAUAUGUAAGUUAUUGCCUUUUUAUUUAAAAUCUUUUAGUGUUUAGCUCCAUGAGACACUUCACUUUAAGUUGAUAGAAUAAAUAUUUUGUGACAAAAUUACAUGUUACUUUUUAGAUGUUGAGUGUGUAAACACUAAACUUUUUCAAAAAGAAAAAAAUCAAAAGAUAUUUAAAUUAAUUUUCUGUAAAAUCUUGUAGCAUUAUUUGCUAUUUUAAUGUUGCCAUUAUAUUCCAGAAUAUAUAUUGAGGUAAAUGAACUGGUAUAGAAUAUCAAUUUGCUAUUUAUUUAGUUUUAUGAAUUGCUAAGCCAUGCAGAGAAAUGAAAUGCUAUACUGAUAGAUUUUAAAGAAAAUAUGAGGAAAUGGCUAUAUAGAUAUUAAACAAAAAGGGGCUUCAACAGUAAACUGCAUUUAUGUCAUUUGCAAUUCCUAUUAUUAAAAUGCCCCCAAAUGUUCAGAGACAGGGGAGGACAAAAGUAGGUUUACAGUAUUAACACAAAUAAAUAAUAUAUAAUUAAUGAAUAAUAACAGAAUAAACUGUUUUGUGUACUCACAACUAUAACCCUACUUUUGCCCACCGUUGUAUAUGUAUUUGAAAGCUGCUAAACUUUAUGAAGAGAACUAACAUGUUUCCUCCUCCCCCAUGGAAAUUUGCAGUUUCUUCUUGGUGAUAAUUUAAGCAGAAUCCAAAAGUAAAUGGUUUCUUCUACAAAUAAUAGGAAAAAUUACUACUUUGCUUUGUGCCUUUUAAACUGAUUGCCAACUCUUAAAUAUAUAUGUAGGUUACAGCACAUUUAUUUGAUCAGGGCAUGAUCUGUUUGGCCACAUGCAACAGUGAGCAGAAAUAUAGCAGCAGGUAGAAUAGUGACUUAUAGCAAGUUAUCCUUAUAAAAUUCUGAGCUAAAAUCUAUUCACCAUUGAGAAUUCAGUUAAUCCUUUAGGAAUAAGCUCCUUGUAAUUAAAGCCACAAUAUAAAUUUGAAAAAUCAGAUGGAAACUGAAGAUUUUAGUGCCUAUAUGGGGUAUGAAACUAGUUGAUUUCUAAUCUAUGUUUAACAUAGUAAUAAUUUUGCUUCAUUCUCAGUUAAUGGAACAUGAACCACAUCUUUGGUAAUUUUUUUAUGUUUGAGAGAAUGCUAAUUAAAGUGUUCCUUUGUUUAAAGUUUUUUUUUUUCUUCUGAAUGUAGUCAAUUUAUAGCAUCUGUUAAAAUUUUAAAUGAUCAUUCUUUAAAAACUCUGCUCUUGUAUCCCCUUUCCAGAUGAAUCAGUAGAAAUACUUGGUUGAAUUAGUAGUUUAAACUAAACAAUAUAUUGUCAUAGGGAAAUUAGACAGCUUAACUUCCUUUUAGAAAUGCCAUCUUUAAAAAAAAAUAGCAGUGCUUAAAAGAAAUACAAUUUUAAAUAUUUUCUUGAGCCCAUAUGAUGAAUUGUUUUGAAGGCCACAGCAUUCUAAUUAACUUUGAAAGUUCAUAUGCAUCAGAAAACUUACAAAUGAAAAUUUUCAUCCAUUUAUUUUUUUCUUUCUU